AUGGCUCUCAUUCGGUGUGAAUUACAGCUACUGAACAGUAACAUUUCUUACCUUUCUCUAGAGACAGAGAGGGGAAGUUUUCAAAGAAAAUAUGGGGUAAUUGCACUACCUGUACUUCCAGAAGACAACAGGGCAACAUACAAGUCCCCAUGCACAACUGUUAAAGGACAUCAGCUUUAUUGUAGUGGUGCAGACCCUUGGUCAAGAGACCUUCCCACUGAGCAAUAUUAUGAUGUCACCCAGCUGACAAAAAGUGAUGUGCAUACAAACGAGGAACUGCUUCAUAAACCACUAAGUACCAUCCCAAGACCACUGUGCCUACCAUUUCCCACCCCCCAUCCCUACCAGACACAUAUCUCUAGGUACACCAUGAUCCCAAACUUCAGAUCACCUGAGGAUCAAGACACUGGGAUUGAUGCAAGCACACAGCCUUUCCAUCCCAAUACCCCUACCAAAGCUUUUGAUGUGAUUGUUCCAAGGAAGACCAUAGGUAAUCCACUCAGGCAUGAAGCUGUUAGUAUUCUUUCCAACUCCCAGAAGGCAGCUGCACACUGGCAGAGACAGUACAUGUGCUUCCAACUAGGAUGUAACAUCUCUCCAAGAACAACCAACAUGCUACAAAAUAGUGAGAGGGCUCUGAGCAUCACAACACGCAGCUGGGACUUUACAGGAAGAGGUCCUAUGAAACCUCUUAUCCUGGAUUACUAUUACAUGACAGCAGUUGGCAGAUUAGCUUGAGAACUAGGUGAAGACAUGGAACUACUAAAAACAUUUCUGCCUAGCCUCUCACAAGUGAGAACUCUUGGAGGGCACACUGCACAUUUAUUUCAAGGUUGGUGUCCCCAUGGGUCAAUUCUGCAAGAACAGUAUUCCUCCAGUGUUGAGACGCUUCUGCCUUUAUGCAAAGUCCCUACUGUUAUAGCUAGCUACUCAGACAUGCUGCUGAGUCAAAUAAACACAGUGUCUCCUCUAGGUCAGCAGCAUAAAGCUGCCAAUAAACAAACAAGGCCUGAACUUGAAUCCCUUCCAAAAUCUGCAUGUUCCCUUUCCAAAGAAGACUUCAAGCCCAGAUAUUUGGAUUUACAUACAGUACAGGAAAAUCCAGCUACUCUGAGUAAGCCAGGCUUAUCACUGGUAAGGAGUGAGGAAAGUAGAAUUUUGUUGCAUGACCCUUGGCAUCAAGAAGCAUGUCAGCCUGCAUGGAGAGCUCCUGAGUGCCAAACAGCACUGCUGCAGCUGCAGCAUUCCUUCUCUAAGAGAGCAACUCAUAAAUGUUGUCAUGACUCCAUAAGAGGGGAGACAAAAGACCUCAGAGAUCUGUCCCAUUAA